AUGUCGUCGUCGGCCGUCUCAAGGACCUAUAUAGGUUCCAUGAACCUUACGUUUUUGGGUACUGCGUCUGCUCAGCCAUCUACUACGCGAAAUCACUCUGCACUAGCCCUGCGUUUGGGAAAGGAUGUCUGGCUGUUCGACUGCGGUGAAGCUACCCAACACCAGCUACAGAAGAGUCCCUUGAAGAUGGGGAGGAUUGAGAAGAUCUUCAUCACACAUACACAUGGCGAUCAUAUCUUUGGGCUCAUCCCCCUCAUGGCCAGCCUCCUAAACGGUGCAGGUGGUACCGCGGAAGGAAGCGACGAUCCAAGACUUAACGUGAAUACCGAAACGCCAGCUCUUGAGAUCUACGGCCCUCUAGGCACGCGUGCAUACGUUCGCAAUGGACUUGCCUACACGCACACUCUUCUAGGCGCCUCUUACGUCGUCCACGAGUUAAGAUUCCCGUCGGACCCACAAAUAGGCGACGUAACAUCCCUCACUCCUCAGCUUGCUGAAUGUCUCAAUGGUUGCAACAUACUGCAAGUAGAUGGCAUCUGGAAGGAUAUAUUCAAAGACGAGGUCAUCUCCGUCUCCGCUGCCCCAAUCCAUCACUCUGUUCCGUGCGUGGGGUAUGUCGUCACAGAAGCCCCAGUGCCAGGCAAGAUUGAUCCGUCGAAGUAUAUCCCAGAGCUGAAACGCACGAGAACGGCUAUGACAGUCAUGCGCCAGCUCCAGCAAGGCGGGUCCGUCGCAUUGGAAGAUGGGACGGUGCUCUAUGGGCCUCCUCGCAAAAGAGGCCGGAAGGUUGUGAUUCUUGGAGAUACAUUUGACCCUUCUCCCGCAGCCAGCUUGGCAGAAGAUGCAGACAUGCUGGUUCAUGAAGCAACUAACGCCCAUUUGCCUGGCAUCGACACGUCGACGAAGGAGGCCGAUACAUACGAAUCAGUUGAAGCGAGGGCCAAGUCCAGGGGUCAUUCAACACCCCAAAUGGCCGGAGCAUUUGCGAAAAAGAUUCGAGCGAAACGACUGAUUCUGAACCACUUUUCAGCGAGGUACCCAGGGGAUGAUUCGGAGGAGUCCAAACAGAUUAUGACAGCAAUUGGGAACUUGGCAGCUUCAGAAUUUGGGCAAAAUGUGGUUUGCGCAAAGGACUUGACGAGUGUAGAUAUAGGGUUCAGCGAAAAACAAUGA